UUUUGACUAUGGUCAAUGUUUGUGGUUGCUUAGCAACUAUGUAUAUCAUAAACAAAAAUAUUAACGAUUAAUUUUAUUAAUUGUAUUUGAUUUUUAAGAAAAAAUAGAUUUAGAGAUAUAUAUAAUUGCUGUUUAGGUUCUAAAAUGUCGACUCCCAGGCUCUUAUACACAAUUGAACAACCUCACGGGCUCGGCGAACUGUACUUUAAGUGGCAAAAAGGCGAAUCUCAUUCACUUCUUGCUACUACUGGUACUGACGCCACAGUAGCUAUACACGAUAGAGGCGGACAACUGCUUGAAAGACUUAAGCUGCCAGGUUUAUGUUCUGGUAUGGAAUGGGAUAACGAUGGCGAUUACUUAGCAGUCAUUACACCAAACAGUAAUACUGUGCUCCUUUGGGAGUGUCAUUCUAAUAAACGGAUCAAUAUAGAGACAGGGCUCCGAGAGGCUCCAUCAUGUUUAGCAUGGUAUUAUGGAGAGCCAUUGUUAGCUAUUGGGACUCAGAAAGGAAAUCUGGCUUUGUAUAAUCAUCACACUACAAAGAGAAUACCCAUAUUGGGUAAACAUACAAAGAAGAUUACAUGUGCAGCAUGGAAUCGUGACAGCAUAUUGGUACUUGCCUCAGAUGAUAAGAACUUAUCAAUAAACAACUCCGACGGAGACACACUCAGAAUGAUAUCUCUAAGAGACAUACCAAAUGAUUUACAAUUUUCAGAAAUGAAGACCGACGAAAGAGUUGCUGGAGAGAAUACUAUAAGUCUCAUUGUUGGAAAACGGACUUUGUACUUAUACAACCUCUUGAAUCCAGAGAAUCCGAUAGAGCUGGCAUUCCAACAGAGAUAUGGAGUGAUAGUAUCGUACAAAUGGUAUGGAGAUGGUUACAUCCUCAUAGGAUUCAGCGGUGGAUACAUCAUUGCUAUAUCAACACACAUCAAGGAAGUGGGCGAGGAAUUAUUCCAAGUGAAGAAUCACAAGGAGAAUCUGUCCGACAUGGCAGUGUUCAAUGGACAAGCUGCUUCAUGUGGGGAUGGCCAACUUAAACUCAUCUCGGUGUGGAACAGUGGUGAGGUCUGCGGUUCCAUUGUUCCUGUGGGCGGUAGUGAGAGGGUCGAGUGGAGUGCAGACGGGCGACUGUUGGCCACGGCUGGUAGAGGAUACCUCAGCGUGUAUGUGUCUGCGCUGCCUCCGCUGCACGCCUCGCACGGCACCAGGGUUGUCACCCUCACCAACCUGACGGAAGUUACAGUCUACCAGUGUAUCGGCGUUGGAGAUGACAGCGACGCGGUUAAUAAAUCGGAGCCGGCAGCCCUGGCCACGUACAGCCUGCCGACGGAGCCGGAACUGCUUUCUCUGGGCGGAUCUCACGUGUGCUGCUCGUCGGGUGUGGUGGGCUGGUUCGUUCCGCUGGGGGGCGGGUCCCCCCACCGCCGUCACUACCCGGGGGCUCCCAGCGCCCUCACAGCGACCGGGGGCUACGCUGCCGCACUCUUCGACGGCAAGGCUAUGUUGCACUCGAUCGAAGCGUCAGCCUCGUGCGAGCCGGAGCGCGAGGCUAUGCUGUUUCCUGAGCAGCACAUGAGCGGAGUGAGGAUCGUGGACAUACAUCUCACCGGCGACUUCUUUAUAUUCGUCACUGAUCAAGGUCACAUCGAGUAUUUCAGUAUAGAGAGCUGGUGUGCGUGUUCCCGGUUCCGCCACGCGGCGGGCGCGCGCUCCCUGCACUGCGACAUCAGUGGCGCGCGGGCGUUGUUGGUGGACGGGCGGGGGAAGGCGCACGUGUACAGCGCCCCCUCCGGGGAGCUGUGCGCGCUAGUUGAUACUCACAGCGUGAAAUCGGCCGUAUGGGACAUCUGUCUGUCUGAUCGUAACGUGUUCGCUGUGUUCACGGGCGAGGCCGUCCACACGUACUAUUAUUCCCCGAGCUCUAUCGACGGGCCUCACGUCGAUUUCGUGGCCACCACUGCCAUGGAACAGCUGCCCCUCAUCCUGUUCUCUGGAGACGUCUACUGUUAUUCCAGCGGAGGCGGUGUUUUAAGAAUACCUCUGGAUUCUCACAACACAAGUGGUCUGGCCGACGCUGAUACAGAGAGACGUCUCCUGAACCAGAGACAGCACAUCCAUAAAUUGCUGCUCCUGAGACGGUUCACUGAGGCCUGGCUGUUCUGUGACGCCGUGGAUGAAGAGGACUUGUGGAGGAAACUUGGAGAGGCGGCCGUGGCUGAACUCGCUGUCGAAUUUGCGAUACGUGUCUACACUAGACUCAGCGACGUCGCCAUGGUUUGGGCUCUAGAGGACGCGCUUCAUAUUGAGGAGAUACCGGUGCUAUGUGGGAUGUUAUGCGCGUGUCUGGAUAGAGGAGAGGCGGCGGCUCGGUGGUUGGAGGGCGGACCACCGGCUAGGGCGUUAGAAAUAUAUGCAGCGAGGGGAGAGUGGGGUCGAGCUGCUGACCUGGCCGCCGCCACCUGCCCCUCACGAGUACCGUACACCGCUCUACAUCAGGCACAGCACUUGGAACUCACAGCCGAUUACCACGAAGCUCUCGCGAAUUAUGAGAAGAGUAUUAUAACAGAAAACCUAGACGACCUCAAAGUGAAAGAACACAAUGAGAAGUGUGAAGCCGGGAUAGCGCGCACGGCCAUACGCUGUGGUGACGUCAUGAGAGGGGUCACCACUGCUAUGAAACUCGCGCACUAUCCGAACCUACUUAAGGACUGCGCUCAGCUACUGGUAGAAGAGAAGCAGUACAGCCACGCCGCGGCGUUGUACGACCACGCGGGGAACACGGAGAAGGCUGCCUCGCUGUACAUCAAACUGAAAUCCUGGCUGAAAGUAGAGGCUCUGUUACCAAAGAUCCAUUCGCCGAGCAUCCACCUGCAAUAUGCGAAAGCCAAAGAGGCCGAAGGCAGAUACGGAGACGCCCUGAAGUCGUAUUUGAAAGCUCAAGACUUCGAAUCGGCCAUCCGCUUGAACUUGGAUAAACUGGACGAUAUAGAUGAAGCCGUUAAUCUGGUCCAAGAGACGAAAUCGGUCCAAGGGGCAAAAAUGGUCGCCAACUAUUUCCAAAACAGCGACGACCCGACGUCGGCGAUAAAAUUCCUGGUUAUGUCCCUCUGUUACGACGAGGCGUUCCAACUGGCGCGGAAGAACGGCAAGUUGCAUCUGUACGGUGAGAUCCUGAUACAAACGUCACAGGCCAGGCCCGAGGACUUCAGAAGCUUGGCGCUGCACUUCGAGGGGGAAAAGAACAGUCUGUUGGCCGGCAAGUACUACUUCCACGCCGGUGAUCAUAACAAGGCGAUGACACACCUGCUGAGGGCGGGGUCCUCGGAGAGCGAAGAAAACGAAGCGAUCACCGUCGCCAUAGACUCCGCGGCCGCCAGUGACGACGACAGGUUGACCAGGAGGUUAAUAGAGUUUCUUCUGGGAGACUUGGACGGCAACCCUCGUGAUCCUCGCCAUCUCUUCCGUCUCUAUAUGGCCAAAAAGCAGUUCACGGAAGCUGCUAAAACAGCGGUAGUUGUAUGUGCCAGCGAGUGUGCUGUGGGUAGGUACCGUGAGGCCCGUGACGUGUCCCGAGGGCUGGUCUGCGCGCUGAGGACGCGCCGAGCGACACCUCCUAGGGACCUUAUGCACCACCUGGCGCUACUACACUCAUAUAUACUGGUGCGGACUCACGUGCGCCGCUCCCGUCACGACCUGGCCGCUGUCCUCCUGCUCCGGACAGCAGCUGAAGUAUCUUUCUUCCCCACAGAACAGCAUCAAGUGUCGAUACUGACGUCCACCGUGAUCGAGUGUCUGCGGGCCGGGAUGAAGCACCAGGCGUACCAGUGGGCGAGGGUGUUGAUGGAGCCGCAGUAUAGGAGCAAGAUCGAUCCGAAGUAUAUAAAGAAGGUGGAGUCAGUGGUGCGCCACCCGCCGCGAGGCUCGGCCCCGCCGGCGGACCGCUCCCCCUGUCCGAGGUGCGAGGCGCCGCUCGUCAGGUCCGCCCUCAACUGCGCGAGCUGCGAAGACGACGUGCCCUUCUGUAUAGCGACCGGUCUUCAUAUUGAGAGGCAGGACCUGACGGCGUGUCCCGAGUGCGACUUCCCAGCCAUAUAUUCAGAAUUCAAAGAGAUUCUCAGCGAGGACGGCAAGUGUCCGAUGUGUAACGAGUCAGUGGAUUACCGUCGCCUGGUCAGAAUAGACGACGUGUCGCUCUACCUGGACUCUAAGACCGGGCAAUAAGGUCCACAAUUACACGACACUGUGAUAGUAAUCCGUCCCUAGUGAUAAAACAAUUAAAUCAAUAAACGUUAUACAAAUAUA